AUGCCACCACGAAGGCGCACGACCAAACAGGUUAAGAGGGAGGAGGAGGAGGAGGACGUGCGGCCGAUCAGCGAGGAGGAGCAGGAGGCCGAGAUCAAUGCGCUGCGCAAGAAGGCCGAGCGGGAUAAGGAGACGGGACGGAUGUACUUGGACGCAUUGGUCUUGGUGUGUUUCGUCGUCUUCAUUCGCCAGCUGUACAGGUACGCGAGAGCUGGAUCAGGCGCCCCGGCCUUGCUCAAGCUCGUUGCACUCGCCCAAACUCUUCUCAUUCCCUUCUCAGUGACGCCGGAGCGGCUGCCUGUCCUCGGCCCUCAAGUGGCGGGGUAUCAUCACCUCGUAGUGCUUGGGCAGCUUCUGUUAUUCGGCAUCAGCUUCGUGCUUCAGAUCGGCCAAGUGCCCAUCACCGAGCUGCUGCGCGCCGCGCUGCCUGAGCUUCUCGCGUUCAGCGUUGAGCUUCAGCGCCGUGCAGAGCGGUCUAAUGACGUUGAGCUCGAUAAGCUCGAGAGGCUCAAGUAUCCGCUCAAGGGUGCAUGA